AUGUUGCGCUGCGGCCUCCAAGGGCUGGAUCUGGUUCACGAGCGCGCAGUGGAGUAUUUGAAGAAAGGGGAGGAGCUGGCGGCGGCCCAGGUGGAGGCGGCAGAGGGCGCUGCUGAUCAUGGCGGCGAAGCCCAGUCGUCGGCUCCAGCCGCGAAGGCUCGCAAGAAGAGCAAAGUUAAGUUCAUCGAUGACGUUGUUGACCUCACUCUUCCCGUGGCCAAGCAGUUCGGCAUAAUGGUGCGCAGCGCUCUGCAGCAUUUCUGGCAGUCAAUCGCCACUGGGGACACUAUCAAAGAUGGCAUGAUCAUCGGCGUCGCGGAGCAGACUGAGGAGGUGUGGGAAGCGUGGGUGAAAUUGUUCUCUGACCGUGCUAAGACGAUAGACACCUGCCAGAUCGAGACGGCGUUGUGUAGCAUCAAGGUUGUUGCCCAAUGCGUCCGCGAGAACGAGAAGGACAAGCCGCCGACUUCGGAUGUUCGUGCUGCGCGGAAGUUUAUCCAUGCGAAUUCUGUUGGGAAGGGUUCGGACGAGAUCGGGCAGGUGGCUCAGGACCUUUGCAAGCUGAUGAUCGGCUACAAGCCCUCCAUCUACAUCAUGGAGGUCGCUCGGAGGCAUGCGUCCCGAGGGUUUGAGGACGACGCUGCGAGCAAGAUUUUCGAGAGCGGUUGCGCCAAUUUCGAGACCAAUUUUGAAACAGCGUACGCCGACAUGGAGUUAUUCAUUAACGAGCCCGACAAGAGCGACGAUGUCCACGCAACCAUGACGUACUCGAUCCUCCUGAAGAGGCUCUUGCCAAUCAACGACCUCCUUGUGGCUAUCAUGAAUUCGGCCUUGCGGUGGUCAGUCGCAGCCAUGAACGACAACCUCGACUCCGUCACGUCAGCUAUCGCCAACGCAUUGGAAUUGGUGUCAUGCGGAGUGUAUGGGGUCAUGCCAACUUUCCACAAGCUCGUCUGCCGCCCAUUGUCCCGCGCUCUUGCCGACCGAGCAGCUAUGGAUUCAGCAGGGGGCGUAGAUUGCGACGGCGGCGCUGGACGGGAUGGCUCAGCAGGCCUUUCACUCGGAGACCAGCCACAGCCAGCGAGGGGCAGCGAGAAUGCCGAUUCCGAGCAAGGCCUUGAGCUUGACGCAGUGCGCCCCGACCGCACUGACCCUGUGAUGUUAGUAUUGGGGGGCCUGCGCACGGUCAAGCAGAGCGGAACUGAUUACCACGCUGGCUUGCAGCAGCUGUUGCAGGGGAUCUCGAAGUGCAUCGACGCGCUGACGCAGCGGAGGGGCGACCCAGAGUUCGCAGAGAUGAUCGCCUCGCUGGGUUCCGUGACGGAGGUGGCGGCCGCCCUCAACGGGAACUGGAAGAUGGUCCAGGACAUGGUUGACUACAUGCAGGCGUGUGUCGAGAUCUCAGCUGUCUUGACAAAAUCGGAUGGAGCAGAGCUGUUUGGCCCAACCAAGUUUGAUGCAUCGCUCAGGGACUACGCCAUCACCAUGGCUCGACUCCAGCACGAGCUCGCGGGCAUCACCGAGAUCGUCUUCAUGGGCACCAGCUCCGUCGACGACGCAGCCGUUCUCAAUGAUAUCAGCGUUACAUUCUUCGGCUUUAAGGCGCAGGUCGCCGACGCAGUCUACGAUCAGAUCGCAUCUAUCUGGAUAUCUCCUACGGUCAUGUCCAUGUUGGGGUUCAGCGAGCUCGAGGUCGCCGUGGUCCAGGAUGACGUGCUGGAGUCCACCGACCGCGCCCGCGUGCUAGGGCGCCUCAUUCGCAAGCCUGGCGUCAACGACGCGCUUCCAGGCGACAUCGAGGCGAUGCUGAAGCUGGAGGAGGCCGACAGCGACCAAUUCGACGAGCUGGUUCACCACAGAACGCUGAGUGCGCUCAAGGAGUUCGCCGCUGCUACUAACAUGAGCGUGAUCCAGGCCGCCGGCGUGGUGAUGCGAGAUGGCGAGCAGGGCAACGACCGCGCCGUGCCAUUCGAGGUGGCGGCUUUCGUGUUCGACUUGAUGACUGCAGUGAGGGACCUUGUCAUGAUGGCCAUUGCACUUCAGCGCCACCUCGUGAAUAUGGACGGUGAGGUUGCCAAGGAGGUGGAGCUUGCUAAGGCGCAGUACCACCCAGUCUCGAACAUCCAUGUGAAUGCCUUGUCGCUGAUGUACGACCGCCUGAAGCUGAUCGAUACCUUCGUCACGAGCGAGGCUGCGAGGAAGAUGGAGCUCGACGGUUUCAGCAUGCGGAUCCCUGUGCAUUGUCUGGGGAAGUGGGCCACGCAGGUAGCAACGUUCACGAGGAGAUGCCGAGAUGACAUCAUGGAGUUGCGCAUGGCUGGUCUCGCCAAGAGCGUUCUGGAAUGCAGGGCCGAUCUCCCGCUUUGGCAGCCCAUAUUCACAGAUAACUCGUUCAACUUGGCGAUGGCGGUCGACCUGUUGGACGGAAAGCUGGCGAACGUCGUGAGAAGCUACAACGCGUUGUUCGGUGUGCUUUCCAAAGUUGACACUGCCUCCAAGCGCGUUGAGCUGUCGCCCCCCCUUCAGCACAACCCGUUGACGAUGUCUGGCGUCGCCGUGGCGUCCCAGACCCUCGCGAACCUCUACGAGGCCUCAGUUCUCAUCCAGGGCGUGAACUUGUUGAGGUUCCAGUCGCGGGGCCCAGCGUCAUCCAAGGCGGCCCGUGAGUUCAAUGCCAAGCACAAGGCCGACAAAAAGAUCAAUCUCCCGAAUGCCUUCUGGGCAGAGCUGGCCUGCGUCGAGGACGGCGCCUCGGCGCCGAUGGAGCCCCUUCGUUCCCCGACCGCCUUGAAGCUCGAGGCGCAGAGCUUGACCAAGAUCCGCGGCACCGCCUCUGCGAGCGGCGCGUCGGCUGCUUCCUCGUCGGCGUCGGCUACGACUGCAGCGCCGCGCCAGGGAGCGGCUGGCAUCUCGCCAUCCGUUUCGGCAGGGCCCCCGUCGGUGUCGGAGUCAGCGGCGGCCGACGCAGGCCCGCCCGCCAAGAAGGCGAAGUUGGCGCGCCUGUCUAUCGGCAGGCGUUCGUCGUAG